CUCGUUUAUUUAACAGAACAGCCUAACGUUGCUUUCGUCCUACUCAAAUUGGCUAAUGGAGUAAAAGCUUUUCUUCUUUUUUUCUCUCAGACAAGACAGAGAAAGAAGAGUCUCUCUUACACAACAGCAACAAUACCUUCUUCUGGAAGUUCUGUAAGAAAGAAAGAAGCGAUUUCAAUUCAAACUCUUUGACCGCCAUUGAUUCACCUUCAAUCCUCUCUUCUCCUUGAAGUUUCGUUUUUAGGGUUUCUUUCCUGAGAUUGUAAGAUUCCACGGCGAACGGAAACUUUCUGAAUUUGGUUUCAGACAUCGGCGUCAGACAUCGGCGUCAGACAUCGGUAGUGUUGUGUAUAUGGAUCUGUCUGGACGAUUUGGAGUUAGAUCCGGCGGCGGUUUGCUGUUCCGGGAAGAAACAGCUCUUGAAUCGCUUCACCUCGGCGGCGGCGACGAGUUUCGGCAAAUGGUACCACCGGAGAACGGCGGCGGGUUCACGGCGCUGCUUGAGCUUCCGCCUACACAAGCCGUGGAGCUUCUCCACUCGUCUUCUUCUUCUUCUUCUCAAGCGACGUCGCUUCACACUCUCGGGGUAUUGGCUUUUCCUUCUAACUCAGUCCUCAUGGAGCGAGCAGCUCGUUUCUCCGUGAUCGCCACUGAGAAUCAGCAAACCGGAAAUGUCUCCGGCGAGACCCCGACGACGACGAGCUCGGUACCUUCUAACGAACACAUUAAGACCGAGCCUGCCGAGACAGAGACUUCUGAUCAAGCGGCGGUGGAGAAGCAGAACAAUCGAUGUGGCAAGAGGAAAGAUUUCGACAAGAAGGCUAAAGGCUCGUCAAAGAAGAACAAAAGCUCUGAAGAGAACGAGAAGCUGCCGUAUGUUCACGUUAGAGCUCGACGUGGUCAAGCAACAGAUAGUCAUAGCUUAGCUGAACGAGCAAGAAGGGAGAAGAUUAAUGCAAGAAUGAAGCUGCUACAAGAACUGGUCCCGGGCUGUGAUAAGAUUCAGGGUACCGCGUUGGUGCUGGAUGAAAUCAUUAACCAUGUCCAGUCAUUACAACGUCAAGUGGAGAUGCUAUCAAUGAGACUUGCUUCUGUAAACCCUAGGAUUGAUUUCAAUCUCGACACUAUAUUGAGUUCAGAAAACGGUUCUUUAAUGGAUGGGAACUUCAACGGUGCAGCAAUGCAGCUUGCUUGGCCUCAUCAAGUGAUGGAGACAGAACAGUCCUAUCAUCACCGGCAACUGCAACAACCACCACCGCAACAAUGGCCUUUCGAUGGCUUGAACCAGCCUGUUUGGGGAAGAGAAGAGGAUCAAGAUCAUGGUAAUGACCACAACAGUUUGAUGGUUGGUUCUGCUAGUUUGCACCCAAACCAAGUCAAAAUGGAGUUGUAAGUUUGGGGGAAAACAGUAGACUAUGGUGUAAAUAUAUCGUGUAAGCCUGUUUCUACAUAUAUAAGUAACAAAAAUAUAUAAUAAUUAGAUAUUUGUUAAGAAUGUAUCAGUCAUUUGAUUCAGAGAGACAACUGGUAUAUGAUUAUUUCUUACUUUUA